AUGUACAGUUUUUUGCUGAUCAUCUGGAGAAAUACAACACCCAGCACAAAAUGGCUUUGCAUAUUGUAGAGAAGAGACCAACUGGCAUGCUCCUGGUGGAUGCCACAAAAAUGAAAUCAUUGCUGAUUCCUUCACCUCUGAGAUGUCUUGAGGCGAUCUAUGAAAUGUUGCCGGUUCUGGCGAGAAAGGAAGUUGACCGACUGAUUGCAGAGCUGCAAGAUGCUAGCUUCAAACUUGAAGUGGUACCAACUACAACACUUGAGUUUGUUAGUGCUCUCAGCUUUCUUGAUGAAAUUCAGAUUCGGAUUGAACCUUUGGAAAGAGAGGCUAUGGUUGUCAAGGAAAUCUAUGAACUUAUGGAGCACUUUCAUGUUCCUAUGCCUGAUGUAGAUCUUGUGGUUUACCAG